AUGGAUAGUAGAUGGUGGAUCAGUUUUUUGCUGGUGUUUCUGAUUGAAGCUAAUCUACAUGAAUGGGUUUCAGCUGAUGGAGAUGCAGUGCCUGCUCAGAAAGGCGUGAUAUUUGAUUUCCUGCUCAACUCUUUGCAAUCUCAAUCUAACACUUGUAAGAUAUGCAAAUGUGGUAUUCCCAACAGAGAAACACGUUUCCUGGGCGGUGAAUAUUUAACGGGCCAUGAAUUUCCUUGGUCGGCAUUGGUGUAUCUGCACAACAAUGUUUCUUCCCCGUUCCCCGCUACCCUCAUCAACGACAGAUAUUUGGUCACAGCAGCGAAUAACGUCAUAGGAUUGACGCCUUUGGAUAUGAAAAUCGGUGUGGGGCAGUACGACAUUUGUUUUCCAGAUGUGAAUUCCAUUAAUGUGAGCGUGGCAACGAUCAUCAUCAAUCCGGAAUUCAGUCCUGGCAAUAGAGCUCACGAUAUAGCGCUUCUAAAGCUUUCCACUCCAAUAACAUUCACUAGAACGGUACAACCUAUAUGUCUAGCAGCUCAAAAUGCCAGAUAUUUGGGCCAAGUAGCCACGGUCUCCGGUUGGGCGGAGUACGCAAACACCACGACGAACGCAACAACACCAACUGCUGGAGUUAACGACACCGCCAACGCCAAUGGUACCGCCGCUGGUACGGGCGUCACCGCGGUACGAUCCUGCCGGCCCAGGAAGUUAGGCUUGCCCGUGCUGAGCUACUCAGAGUGCCAGCAGUACGCCUAUGACGUGCGGUACGUCAGCCCCGACAAGGGAUGCGUUGGGGUUGUCGGGUCUGCCAGUCCGAUUUGCGAGGUUGAUUCAGGGGCAGCAGUUAUGUAUAGAAAUUAUAAAGGUGUUUAUGAUAUAAUUGGUGUCCUAGGUGAUAGAAAUGUUUGUGAUUCGAAUCCAAGUCUUGCUCUUUACACCACAAUAAGUGACCAUCUUCCUUGGAUAACACAGAGUACCAAAGAUGCAUGCUAUUGCUACAGGAGUUGA